AUGCCAUUGAGAGUAGUCAUCGCACACUUCCACAGCGGCAUCGGACCAUACGGCGUCCGCCCAUACCAGUGGCACCUCUGCAUCGAGACAGGGCACGACCGCCACGGGUUCGUCGAGGCCACCACGUUCUACAUCCGAGGCUCGUCCGCAGGUGGCUUCCGGUACGAGUGGCGCGAGCGCGUACGCUACAAGAAGCUCGAACAAUAUCGUGGGUCGGUCUGCAUCGGGAUGAUCAGCUCUAGGCGGUACCUGGACGCGGUAGCUCUCAUGGAGGAGGUCAGGACGGCGGACGGGAGCGAGCGUGCGACGCAGAGUUGGGCGUAUGCAGCGGCGCGCAAGCUGUCGGCGCACGGCUUGAUGGGGGAGUUGUGCGCGUUGGAAUUUAUUUGGGACCAGCUGCAGCGGGGGGAGCGCGCUUGGGAGAGGGGCGAUGACUAG